AUGGCGGCGUGGGCGCCACCGUGGCGCGGUGGGUGCAGUGGGAAAAGCAAGUGGUCCUGCAGCUGCGGGACAGAGGACAACUACGCGACGAGGAAGCACUGCUGUGGGUGUGGGGCUAAAGCACCACGGCGGCCGUCCACCUUCAAAGAAGCGCUGCUGGGCCCGUCCAAACGGGAGGUGGCGAUGCAGAAGAAGCUGGACGUGCUCACGCAGGAGCUCACGGCGCCCAGGGGCAGCGGCAAGGUCGGCAAGGAAGAGACUGUGGAUGGGGCGAAAGAGGCACCGCAGGUCGACCUGGCGAGGCUCCACAAGUGGGCGCAGGCGUGCAAGAGCGAGCGGGGGCGGGGGAACUCGGAGGAGUACAAGGCAGCUUUCGCGAAGUACCAAGCGGCCAGGGCUGAGAAGGACAAUGCCAAGCCGCACUCCGUGCAGCUCACGCAGGCGAAGCACGCCAGGGAGAAGUUGGAGAAGGAGGUUGAGGCGAGCGCCAAAGACGUCAGCUGGCACGAGCAGCAGCUGGAGGAGGCGCGAGCCAAGUACGAGAAGAAAAAGGAGCAGCUGCAGAUGGCGACGGCCAAGGAGCAGGAGCUCAAGGUGCAGGACUGCGGAGUCCGUGAGUCGCCCGAGUUCCUCAAAGCCACGCAGAGGCACUUCGAGGACGCGGUCGACGGCAGCGGAGUCACCAAGGAAGAGUACCAGCAGGUAUCCGACCUGCUCGGCAAGGUCAUGGCCAACGCGAAGCAGGAGGACGUGGACAUGGUCGGAGCGCAGGAGCACCAGGAGCACCAGGAGAAGCAGUUGGGCAAGCACUACCCGAGGAAGCAGAACUCCCAGAGCCCACUGCUGAAGAGCAGGGAUGGCUCAGGGCAAGCAGAGUACCAGAAGAAGCUACACCUGAUCAACGGAAGCGUUGGCAGGAGGUGUGCGCCAGCCUGGCCGGGCAGGCAGCCAAGAGACAGCGGCGAGGGCAGCAAGCGCAACAGGAAGCCCCAGCAUGAUACGGUCACCCAAUGGACGUGCUACGAAGCGCAGGAGCUUCACCUGAACACGGACAAGCUCGCGGUGGUCACGCAGAGCAUGAAGGCAGAAGGUUACCUCAUGGGUGGCGCUGCGGCGGUGGCCACAGCGGGCCAGCCCAGGCAGGGCGGCAGCGGCGUGGCUCUCAGUAGGCAGAGGUAUUGUGCUCGCCUCCGCGUGCUUGUGGACAGCGGAGGGCAUGACGCACAGGAAACACGCAGCGGAUCACACAUGCGAUUGGAAAGUUGCAGAGUUUCCGGGGGCGUGCCGCGGGUCAUCGGGGUCAUCGGGGGCGACUUCCAGGCGGCGCCAGAUGUCAUGGCGAACGUGGCGAGCGUUCAAGUUGCGAAGGCCACAGUGGUCACGGCCAACGCAGCGUGCGGAACCUACAGGCACGCGCGUGGCAACAGCGAGAUCGACUACUUCGCGGUGGCGAACUCGGUGAUCGCGCAGGUGGAGCGCGUCGCGGUGCAGGAGACGUGGCCUGCGGCGCCACGUAAACCAGUGGGGCGCACGCUCAAGCUGAAGGCGGAGCAGCUCAGGGUGAGGGUGCUCGGGGAGCCGAAGGAGUUGCCAGAGGUGCCGAUCGGGGGCGUACCCAAGCCACCGAGAUACGCGGACGUUAAGGAGUUUAGCACACAGAUGGCGGCGAACACCGAGUGGACCAAGUACAUGCAGGUGCUGGAAAAGGAGGCCGUCCAGGUGCGAGGCAUGAAGUGGGAGGUGCGCCCCCACCGAAUGAAGUACAUCAGCGUAACGGACCAGGGUAUAUGGCAGGCCAGGUGCGACGUGACCGUCGCGAGCCAUCUGAGGGACGUCAGCAGGGGCGAGACCUUCCAGGCCUGGGUGAAAGAAGCGGAGAGCAAAAUGAAGACAGUCGAUCAGCAGUUGCUCAAGGACAGGAGUGCAGAUACGAUGGCCAAAGCAGCGGACCCCAUGGAGGCGGCGGAGUUCACCUUCGCUCAGCGGAAGGACGUUUGGCGGGUGGGCGAGGUCUACCAGGAGGACGUCAGCAGGCUGAAGGAGGUGGUGCGCACCUUCAUGAAGCGCACAGGUAUUGGGGUGGACCGCUGGCACCCGUCGAUGCUGCAGGGAGCGAGUGACGAGGCGUACAGCAAGCUGCUGGACACAAUGCGGGAGGUGGAGCGUGCGCUGGGGUGGCCGACCCACAUGGGCACGGUGCUGUUCUUCAUUAUCCCGAAGCCCUUCACGACAGAUAGGGUUAUAGGGCUCCUGCACACCACCAUACGUAUAUGGGAGAUCAUGCGGGCGCCGUACAUGACUAGGUGGGCGGAGGAGAACCAGAGGAGCUGGGACUGCACCAGCUUCGGCAAGGCGGCGGAGGACGCUGCACGGGACGCGCUGCUGAGUCACGAAAUGGAUGAUCCAGAGGGCCAGAGCGAGGAGCUGGAGGCCACGAUCACGGCGGCAUUGGACCUGAUCAAGGCCCCCGAGCGGGUUAGCUUGUUUGUCUUAUGGGAGGCGGGCAAGCAGUUGAAUUUCAGCACGGGGGCACUGGCAGUGGUGCGCUCGCACUUUGCGAUGGCCAGAAGGCUGAUUGCCGGGGGGUCCGUCUCUAGCGCCACCAGCACGGUGGGCGCGAUCGUAGCAGGGGGUAAGUUUUCGGUGCGCUUCCUGAAGCUGGUCAUCCAGUCUGCGGUGGAUGGCCUAGUGGUGGAGAGGCAUCGGGCGAAAUGGCGCAUGCAUGUGGACGAUCUAUGUGUGCGGCUACGCCAGCAGCGGCAGUACAUCUUGCAGGACUUCAGCGACACCAUUGACGCCUGCUUCGGGGGCUUCGACAAGCUGGGCCUGAAGCUCUCGGUGAGUACCCAGGGCGAAGAAGCCGCCAUGGCCAGUGCCAAGUGGGUGCGCAGGGCGGCGGCGAAGGAGAUGAAGGCGCGUGGGCUGCCCGUGGUGCGGGCGCGCCCGUACUUGGGCGUCGACCUCAUCGCGAACGGCGCGGCAGCGAAGACCAAGCGCGGCAAGCGAUGCAAGACCAUGCUGGACAGAAGUCGGCGGCUUGCGAAUCCCAAGGGCGGCGGCCGCAAGAUGGCCAAGGGCGCGGCGUUGGUCUUUAAGUGCGGCCUUAAGCGCUCGGUGUUGUACGGGUGCAAGUGCUUGGGCAUGCCGGACCAUCAGCUACGGCGAACUCGGCGACAAGCGGGACGAGCACUACCAGGAGGGCGUGGAGCCAAGAGCCUCGCGCUGCAGCUGGCGCUGGCGAACGAGGAGCCCGCCUACGAGGCCACCGAGGGUACGCGGGCCUGCGGGGGCGGUGACCACGUCGCCCAAGCGUGCGCAGUGGACGUGGCCAGCCUGGGCAUGGGGGAGGUGCGCCCCAUGGAUGUCGCGGGGAUGCCGCGGAAGGACGUGCAGCGGAAGCUGCGGCAGGACUGGGCGGCGGCGGACGAGUACGCAAGCCUACGGCCAGCGCCGAUGGUGGCCCCAGCGGUGGCGCAGCUGAAGGCGCGGGACUUCCCGAAGCACGCCAAGAGCGCAGCGAGGAAGGCCUUCAUUGGCGGGGGCUGGUCCAUGAGCAAGCGUUGCGAGUGCAAGAUCGUGCCAGCGGACAUCUGCUUGGCGUGCGGGGAGGCGGUGGGCACCCCGCACCACGGGCAUUUCAAAUGUCAGGCCUUGAGGGAGCGGCGCUUGCAUGCGCAACCUGAGUGGCAGACGGUGGCUGCGCAGCAGGAGGAUAGCUUGCUCUGGGCGCGGGGGCUGGUGGGGCACCCAGAAGAGGACUGGAAGUCCGAGGGCGUCGAUGAGGGCCAGCUCAUGUGCCAGACCGUGGAGGGCGAUGAAGACUACUUCACAGGUGACAUCGUGUGCGACGGGCCCAAUAUAGGUUACAGUGAGUGGGCGCAGACGGGUUGGGCGGCCAUGUCGAUCAACGAGAACGGGACGCCGAAGUACCAGAUGUGGGGGCCACUGCCGUGCACGCUCCCAAUGCAUAGGGAAAUCAAGCGCGCGGAGAUGUGGGCCUUUUACAAGGGCGAGCGAUGGUGCAUCAGCUGGAAGCGGCCGCACGCCGACAUCUGGAAGCGCAUCUUGCACAAAAUUCGUGACCUCGACCUGGGUGUGAACGGGGUUUUCCACGUCAAGGCGCACAGGCCCAAGGCGAAGAUCGAGCAGCUCACUGGCACGGAGCUCAGGAUCGCGAAGGGCAAUGCGGAGGUGGACCUGCUAGCCAAGGCGGGGGCCGAGGUGGGCGCGAAUGACGGGAAGCACCAGACGGUGGAGGCGCCGGCUGGCCGUGCACGCUGGGCGGCGCAGAACAUCGGUUGGUGGCACCAGCAGAUGGAGGGCGAGUGGCCAGACGUACCGAAGCGAGUAC